AUGCCAUUUAAUGAGGAUGAGUACAAGCAGAAGCUCAUUGACUGGGCCAUCAAGCUACGCCUUAGCUACCGAGAAGUCACGGACGAGUCGACCACUGAUUUACUCACAUACGGCAAGCCUCCGCUCGCGCGCCUGUUGCCAACGCAUCACUCAACGCUCUCGCGGUGGGUGAAGGAUUCGAUGGCAGCACGCUUACCAUUCAUCAUCGAAUUUGUGCAGUCCGCACUCAGCACCAUCAACCUCUUGAUCGACGGAUGGCGGGCUCACAAUCGCAGAGAGUACAUCGCUGUUUGCGGACACUUCGUCGAUGGCCAAGGCCAUCCUCGAACACUCCUCCUCGGCUUCCCACGACGUUAUGGCGGUCACACUGGCGACGACCUCGCAGCACUGCGUGUAGCUCUCUGGACCCUCAAAGGCGUCAUUGGCAAGCUGCACAACCUCGUUGUCUACAUUAAUCGAAACGACGCACGCCGUGAGCAGUUGAGAGCUCGCAUGCGCGUCACGAAGACAAGCGACGGCAUGCUGUUCGUCGGCGUGCUCCUCAGUGACGGUGGCAUUCGAUGGAACGCGACGUUCUACAUGAUCGAGCGUGCUCUUAAGUGUCGGCCUGCCAUCGAUCUUUACCAGGCGCAGUGGAAGCCUCCAGAUAAAAACGACAAGCACAAGAAUGACUUCCUCACCGAGGCUGAUUGGCACGAGCUUGAGCUCUUCUAUAGGCUCCUGCAGCCCUUCGAGCGACUCACGAAGCGACUACAAUGCCGUGCAGAUGGCGAGGGCAACGAGGGCGGCCAAGGCUCGGUGUGGCAAGUACUUUACGCCAUGGACUUCUUGCUCACGAAGCUUGAGAGCGUCAAAGAAGAGAUACACGCAAUGGAUGCUGAUAACAAGGACGAACUUCCGCCCUAUUACUCCGCAGGCGUGCUCGCUGCAUGGUCGAAGAUCAACACGUACUACGAGCUCACCGACCGAUCACCGAUCUACCUCACGGUGGCCACUGACCACGUCGACCAGGCCGAGACUUCUCCUUGUUCCUCGCCGACAAUCGACGACGAAUUCGAUGCUUGGGGCCAUACAACAGAUCGACCACACCGUGGCAAGAGGAGGAAGGUGGAGACCGAGUGGGAGGUCUGGAUAAAGCAGGUGCCGUCGAAGGACGACAUGAACGUUAAGAAUCCUCUUGCGUGGUGGGUGGACCGACGCCACGUUUGGCCCAUUCUCAGCAAACUUGCCCUUAACAUCUUCAGUACGCCGGCGAUGAGCGCAGAGCCAGAGCGCGUAUUCUCCGACGGCGGCGAGCUUAUCACCGACAAGCGCAACGGCCUCGGCGAUGACACAGUUGAAGCUGAGAUGAUACAGAAGAAUUGGAUUACUUCCAAGAUUUUGCAUCGGAUUGCGACACCUCGAGGUCUAUACAAAUUACCGGAUUAG